AUGGAAGUUGCAGUUGAGCAAGCUGCUCAAUCAUGUUCAAGAAGAAGCAAGUGGCAGUUUAUGGGGACAAGUGAUGCUUGUGCUAAAGAAGAGCUUCACCGGGUGUAUUGUGUGUCUGACAGAACAGAAGGCAAUUCCUCACUAGGAAAUGCUAGUUCAUUCCAAAAGUCACUUGUUUUCUGCGUUUAUCUUCCUCAAAAGGUUUCUGAUUCUAUGUUAUUUUCUAGAACAACAUGGGAAGGUGGUCAAUACAAUAGGGAUGAAAAGAGUCGAUUGGAUGCUCUGUGUUUAGCAAUGGAGCUAGGAGCUGAUCACAUCGAUGUUGAGUUUCAGGUUCCUUUUUUCUCUCUAGGUGCAAAUGGUGCAGCUGGUCAUUGCUUUCUUCGGCUCAUGUAUAGUGAGUUUUACAAGAAGACAUUUGAUGAGUUUCUUGAUCCUCUUGCACACACUCAUUUCACCACAGAGAGUUUAGGGGUUAUUGUUAAUAACCAAACAGUAAUCGGAGGGGGAAGAAGCAUCAGCGGAGUCAACAUCUCAAAUGAAGAGCAGGCUUCUGUUAGUGUAGCUGUUCCAUCAAUACAUGAGACUGAAGGUGGUUCUGCUUCUUUAGGUCCCACUUACAGGGAUUCCUUCAUUCACUACAAGGGUGGUUGGAGACGUGCACAAUCCUUGGAAAAUAUUCUUCUUCCUCUGAAUUCUUACAACUUCUUUCAUAGGAAAGGUUUGGUGCCCUUGUUCCUCUUUUACCCCUUGCACGUGGUGUCUGAUAUUGUUGCUUUGAACCAAAAACAGGUUCAAUUUUCAAAGUCGCCAUCUUUCCAAAUAGAAUCCAAAGGGAGGCAACUGUUUCUAGCGUGGGCUGGAUGGGUUUGCGUCUGGACUGUUGUGAUGUUGUGUGUUCUUCCUAUACUCGAUGCUUACACACUCAUCACAAGAUUCACAAGGGUUAGUGGUGAACUUUUUGGCAUGUUGAUUUCAGUGUUCUUUAUGCAAAAGGCUAUUAAGGGAGUUAUUAGAGAUGUUCCUCCUGGUGUUCCUAAACGCCUUUUUUGUCCCCUUCCUUGGGAACCUGGAUCUUUGUCCCAUUGGACAGUCAUUAAGGUUCCAGCAGUUCAUAUUUUCACUGCUAUAAUACCAGCACUAAUGAUAGCAUCCUUGUACUUUUUUGACGAUAGUGUAGUUGCACAAAUGGCACAACAGAAAGAAUUCAAUCUUAAAAACCCUUCUGCUUACCCUUAUGACAUAUUGUUACUUGGAUUCAUGACUUUGAUUUGUGGUCUGGUUGGUGUCCCUCCAUCAAACGGUGUCCUCCCACAAUCACCCAUGCACACAAGGAGUCUCGCAACUCUUGAGAGACAGAUUAUGCAAAAGAAGAUGGUAAAGAUCGCAAAGGAGGGCAAGAAAAUGGAAGCAAGCAGCUUAGAAAUCUAUGGAAAAAAUGCAUGA